AUGGAACACGACGUGAACAUCCUGUUGGUGGUCAGUACAUUGUCUGUAUUUCAGAUGUCCGACUUGGCCUCAGUUGACAUCCGGGUCCAGGCGCCUACCGUCGCCAACAGCACAUACACCACCCUCCAGUGUGUCAUUAGUCUCCAACCUGGUGAACGACUUGAGGGAAUUCUCUUCACCAGGAAAACAUCAAAGUGGGAAUUCUUUCUACAAAUCGGAGCAUUUUCUCCAUCUUUCAAUUCUAUCGUGACAGACUUCGAGUUGAAGGACUUUGUUUCACUGAUGUACCAGAAUGGCGCGGCUUACCUGAAGAUUAAAAACUUCGACCAAUCUUUCGAGGGCUUAUACAACUGCUCGUUGUCAUCCAUAUCCUGUGUCAUCAACGUCACCCACGGCAUCGAUGUCUCACAGUACAACAUCUACGUCAGUGGAGCGAUCAUCAACUAUUACCUUAAGUUCAUCAACAACAUCAGCAUCAGCAUCGUUAUUAUCGUUACAAACACAAACGUCUACGCGAAGAUCAUCGGAAGGGACAACAAUGCCGUUGCCAACUUCAGGUUCCACGUCGUUAGCUUCCAGAACAACACAAACCACGGUGCAGACAUCACCAACAACACAAUGGAGCUCCGGUGGCGUGGACGACACAUCACAAAUUACAUCUACCGGAACAACAUUCACAGCGACGGCGGUAAAAACGGAUGUACGCACACCAACAUCAUCACAGAGGGUUUCGCCAAGUACAGUUGUACCAUUUACAGCAACGUUAUCUACACGUGCAUCAGCGAUGACUUUAGAAACAACAGCAGAAACCUCAACAGAUACAAUCAUCACAGUAACAUCACUGGGGUCAAUAGCUGCGUCAUCGGGAACGUCUCUAGUACCUAUGGAGAUCUCAUCAUUACAGACACCGACGGGCACUUCAUCAUCUCAAGAACAAGUCGACAUCUCAACAUUACAAGUUCCAGGGGACAUCUCAACAUCACAAGUGGUAGGGGACAUCUCAACAUCACAAGUGAUAGGAGACAUCUCAACAUUACAAGUUCCAGGGGACAUCUCAACAUCACAAGUGGUAGGGGACAUCUCAACAUCACAAGUGAUAGGAGACAUCUCAACAUUACAAGUUCCAGGGGACAUCUCAACAUCACAAAUGGUAGGGGACAUCUCAACAUCACAAGUGGUAGGAGACAUCUCAACAUUACAAGUUCCAGGGGACAUCUCAACAUCACAAGUGGUAGGGGACAUCUCAACAUCACAAGUGAUAGGAGACAUCUCAACAUCACAAGUGGUAGGAGACAUCUCAACAUCACAAGUGGUAGGAGACAUCUCAACAUCACAAGUGAUAGGAGACAUCUCAACAUCAAAAGUGGUAGGAGACAUCUCAACAUCACAAGUGAUAGGAGACAUCUCAACAUUACAAGUUCCAGGGGACAUCUCAACAUCACAAGUGGUAGGGGACAUCUCAACAUCACAAGUGAUAGGAGACAUCUCAAAAUCACAAGUGAUAGGAGACAUCUCAACAUCACAAUGUUAGGGGACAUCUCAACAUCACAAGUGUUAGGGGACAUCUCAACAUCACAAGUGUUAGGGGACAUCUCAACAUCACAAGUAUUAGGGGACAUGUCAACAUCACAAGUGUUAGGGGACAUGUCAACAUCACAAGUGUUAGGGGACAUCUCAACAUCACAAGUGUUAGGGGACAUCUCAACAUCACAAGUGAUAGGAGACAUCUCAACAUCACAAGUGAUAGGAGACAUCUCAACAUCACAAGUGUUAGGGGACAUGUCAACAUCACAAGUGAUAGGAGACAUCUCAACAUCACAAGUGUUAGGGGACAUGUCAACAUCACAAGUGUUAGGGGACAUGUCAACAUCACAAGUACCAGUGGGCAUCUCAACAUCACAAGUGUUAGGGGACAUCUCAACAUCACAAGUGUUAGGGGACAUGUCAACAUCACAAGUGUUAGGGGACAUGUCAACAUCACAAGUGUUAGGGGACAUCUCAACAUCACAAGUGUUAGGGGACAUGUCAACAUCACAAAUACCAGUGGGCAUCUCAACAUCACAAACACCAGUGGACAUCUCAACAUCACAAGUGUUAGGGGACAUCUCAACAUCACAAGUACCAGUGGACAUCUCAACAUCACAAGUACCAGUGGACAUCUCAACAUCACAAGUGUUAGCGGACAUCUCAACAUCACAAGUCUUAGGGGGCAUCUCAACAUCUCAAGUACCGGGGGACAUCACAACAUCACAAGUAUUCGUGGACAUUUCAACAUCACAAGUACUCGCGGACGUCUCAACAUCACAAGUAUUACUGGACAUCUCAACAUCACAAGUACCGACGGACAUCUCAACAUCACAAGUGUUAGCGGACAUCUCAACAUCACAAGUCUUAGGGGGCAUCUCAACAUCACAAGUGUUAGGGGAAAUGUCAACAUCACAAGUACCAGUGGACAUCUCAACAUCACAAGUACCGAUGGACAUCUCAACAUCAAAAGUAUUAGCGGAUAUCUCAACAUCACGAAUACCGACGGAGAUGUCAACUUUACAAGUACUAGUGAACAUCUCAACAUCACAAGUGUUAGCGAACAUCUCAACAUCACAAGUACCGGUGGACAUCACAACCUCACAAGUACCGGUGGACAUUUUACUAUCACAAGUAAUGACGACCUCCAAAACUGAUAAAAGCGUUGUAUCGGCAGUUGAAAUAUCAACAUCAUCUUCUGAUUCACCAACUUUUGAUGUGACAGCGCCUUCUACAUCAUCAGUUAGAUAUGUAAUUUCUCAUUCUUCUACAUCAGCUACUGCUUUGGCAUCAGCUUUUACAUCAUUAACACCCUCUGUAUCCAAUACAGAUUCUACACCUUCCACAUCCUCAUCCAUAAAAGUGACAUUACUCUAUUCAUCAUCAAAUAUGGAUGUGGCCAGAGCUUCUACAUCAUCAACACCAGAUGGGAAAGUGUCUUCUAUAUCCACUUCAGUUGUGACAGCGGCUUCUACGCCAUCAACAAUAUACGUGACGUCACCUUCUUCAUCAUCAAUUUCAGAUGUGACAUCGUCUUCUAUAUCACGUUCACGUAUUGCAUCGCCAACCACAUUGCCAACAAAAUAUGUGAAAUGCCCUUCUACGUCCCCGGAAGAUGUAACGUCGUCUCCAACAUCAUCAACUGAAGAAAUGAUGCCAUAUUCUAUAUCACCAAAUACAGCUGUGACGUCACCUUCACCAUCAUCUACAUAUGUGACAUCACCUUCCACAUCAACUGCGGAUGUGACAUCGCCUUCAAACUCAUCGACUACGGAUAUUAUUUCGCCUUCUAUGUCAGCAACAACAGAUAAGACAUCAUAUUUUACAAUAUCGACUAUGGAUGUGACACCGCCUUCAUCAACAACUCCAAAAUUGACAUCACCCUCAACAUCAAUAAGCUCUUUUGCGACACCAGGUGUGUCCCCGACGUCUUCAACGUUCUAUUCUACUUCUGAAUCGACAAGUACAGGAACAAGUCCAUCAACUAAUGUAACACUUAUAUCAACCGCCACCACUUCUCCUGUGACAUUGGCGACCAUACGUUUCACGUCAUCAACGUCACCGAGGACGACGUCACCUACACCAACAGCAAACAGCCAAUCAGUCACGCCUCAAGUUCAUGCCUCAGCUACAGUGCCUGUGAUGAAGUGGGUGCUGGUCGCUGUUGGUUGCGUGAUUGGUAUCGGCAUCGUCGUCGUAGGAGUGGUCAUCUGGUACAGAAAAACACACUUGACUGAAGAAUUCAUUGAUUAUUUUGGAAUCUUGGAUUCUCUGGCCUGAGGUUCAGGCUGAGGCUCCAUUGCGUGUCCGUCUUUUAGGCGGGAUGUGAUUCUAUACCACAGCACAAAGACGCCUCUCUUGCUGCAAAAUAUGCCUUUGGAAGAACAGUUAAGCCUGUGGAAUGAGAUAUACUGGAUAGUAGCAUGGUGUGUUGCAGCCAUUUUCAUUUUAAUAGAAUGGGGUGGUCCUGACGUCACGAACACAUGCUAUUUGGGAUUAUGUGUUGGCAUUUCACUCUGGUUUCGUCACGUCAGUACAGCAGUGGAGAGUGUAGUGGCCCCUGUCAUUCUGUUGCUGUAUUGCGGGGUAUAAAUGUGCCGAUAAGUGCCAAUAAAGUUACACCUGUAUAGUUAACGUGGUACACCUGAACAGAUAACAGAAAACACCUGAAUGGUGAUGUAUCUGUAAAGUUAACCGGAAACCCCCAUUUAUCGUUAACCAGAAACACCUGUACAGUUAACCUGAUACACCUGUAAAGUUAACCGGAUACAUCUUUAUAGUUAACCGGAAACACCUGUAUAUUUAACCUGAUACACCUCUAUAGUUAACAUAAUACACCUGUAUAGUAAACAUGGUAGACCUGUAUAGUUAACCGGAUACGCCUGUAUAGUUAAACGGAUACAUCUAUAUAGUUAACAUGGUAGACCUGUAUAGUUAACCGGAUACGCCUGUAUAGUUAACCGGAUACGCCUGUAAAGUUAACCGGUUACACCUGUAUAGUUAAUGGGAUACAACCUUAGUUUUAACCGGAUACACCUGUAUAGUUAACCGGAUCCAUCUGUAUUGUUAACCGGAAACACCUGUGUAGUUAAUCCGAUACACCUGUAUAGUUAACGAAUACACCUGUAUAGUAAACCGUAUACACCUCUUUAGUAAACCGGAUACAUCUGUAUAGUAAUCCGGAUACACCUGUAUAGUAAGCAUAAUAGACCUGUAUAGUUGACCGGAUACACCUGUAUAGUUAACAUGAUACACCUGUAUAGUUAACAUGAUACACCUGUAUAGUUAACAUGAUACACUUGUAUAAUUGACCGAAUACACCUGUAUAGUUAACAUGAUACACCUGUAUAGUCAACAUGAUACACUUGUAUAGUUGACUGGAUAUACCUGUAUAGUACCAGACCAACAUCAGUGUGUGCUGUAUAUGGUCUGACUGAGUCAAAUUGAAGCUGUGUUGAU